AUGGAAAAAGAUGAGAUGACACAAGAAAUGGAACACUAUCAACGUAUCGUGCGAGCUUUCCUAUACUACAGGAUUCAUUCACUCAAAAGGGUGAAUCAAGCUCGGCGAUGUUUUACUAGCCUAUCCAAAGAAGAUCAACAAUUGGCUCCUAAAUUUACAACCAAAUUAGACUUGAUCAAGAUGGCAAUUGGUGUGAAUUAUGAUUUUAUAAGAACCAUUCUGCAAAGAACUCAAAACUUGUUUUUAAACUCUGAAAUUUAUCAAAUGGAUGAGGUUAUUUCUAGCGUUUAUAUUAAACUGACAUAUCUAAUUUCUACUGUCCCUGAAUUUGACAUGGAAAAAGUCAAAUCAACUAUUAAACAAUUUGUUCGAGAUUGGAGUAAAGAGGGAGAAAAAGAACGAAAUACCUGUUAUCUACCAAUAAUAAACGAAAUUCUCCGUCUUUUUCCUCGAGAUGAUAUACAGCCAAAUGCUAUCAACAUUCUGGUCCCUGGUGCUGGCCUAGGUAGAUUGGCGUUUGAAAUAGUGAAGUUAGGCUACAAUUGUCAAGGCAAUGAAAUUAGCUUGUAUAUGUUAAUAACUUCAAAUUUUAUUUUGAAUAACUGUACUACUACAGAACAAUACGUGAUCUACCCGUGGGUUCAUCAAUACUGUAACAUUGCUGGAUUUGACGACCAGGUUAGAAACAUAAAAAUCCCGGAUAUGGCUCCUUCAGAGAUACCAAAAGAUACGUCCUUUUCCAUGUGUGCUGGAGAUUUUUUGCUGGUUUAUAAUGAUCCAGGUAAAAAAUGGGACUGCGUUGCAACUUGCUUUUUUAUCGAUACCGCUCACAGCAUCAUAGCAUACAUUAAAAAGAUAUACCAGAUAUUAAAACCUGGCGGAUACUGGAUAAACUUGGGACCGUUACUUUAUCAUUUUGCUGAUAUGGCUGGGGAACAAUCGCUUGAACUAAGCUACGAAGAAGUUAAAACUGUAAUAGAAAAUGUAGGAUUUAGCUAUGAGAAGGAAGAAAAGGGCAUAGUAUCGGGAUAUACGCAAGAUCCAAGUUCCCUAAUGACAACUUUGUAUCAUAAUAUCUUUUUUAUCGUUCGCAAGCCAGAAAUUGAUCAACAGCAAUAA